GCCCCAUGAAAGAAUGAUUUCCGAACCAAAAAAUCAGUUGGGUAGAAUGAUAUUGAGGAAAUGUGAAAAUUCACGAGAAUAUUGAAAGACAGAAGCGACAAUAAAUUUUUGUGUAUAUUUCAGGGUGCACAUAGAUUUACAGAGAAUUCCUGAAAAUCCCCGAAUAUUCCCUUCUUAUUCUCGAUCAAGAUGAGAAUGUCCAACAACCUUCCUGAACGUACCACCUCCGUUUGUUCCCAUUUGAAUUAUUCUGAUGAAGAUCAAGAUGAUAAUCACGACGAAAAUAAUUCCUACAUAAAAUUGUUAUGGAAUGUACACAGAAAUCUGGAAAUGGUACGAGUAUUGCUUAUAUGGACAAGACUGAAGAAUUUUUCUUCAGGUGAUAUGAGUAGAACAAAUUUCUCAGUGGAGGAUGAGAGAAUAACAUCAAGUUUGAUGGACGAGGAAGAAGAACAACUUCCUCCAACCUAUAUAGUUGUGACAGUGGCCAAAGAGACCCCUGAUAUAACAUUAGCAUGGCUAAUAAGGAAGAUAAGAGGACACAAAAGAGACGGCGGUGCAGAGCUCGUUGUUAUGAAGCAACCAAGAUCUGCAAAAGAGCAAUACAUCCUGCACGUCUCCGCCACCAGGGCCAAAUUCCUGGACACCGCCGAGGAGAUGGAGAUGAUGAAGGAGGACAGCGUCGGCCAGAUGCGUGAGUUCACCGUGAAGCAACUGGAUGACUUCCUGCCCCAAGGGAUGAAUGUCGAGGACCUCUUCACGGUCGCGGAACGUCAGACGAUAGUCAGACACGAGCUGGAGAACAUCAGGGCCUUGCCGGAGGACAAUCACGUCCCGGGAUUCCCCACGGUCAGCUUGUACGAGGGUCAGAGCGUUUUUUCUGUUUGCAGAAUGCAAGGAAUCAUAACCAAUGUUUAUCCUCUACACGACAACGAACACUUGAAGAAACUGGGACAGAAGUGGUUCUUGUCUAGGAAGCAACCGUUUGAGGAAAUCCGACUGUACUUCGGAGAGGCCAUCGCACUCUACUUCACCUUCCUUGGAUAUUACACCUCAUCCCUAGUCGUCCCAAUGGCCAUGGGGCUCUUGCAGAUGGUCAUACCGACCGAUGGCGUGCUGAUCCUCUGUACGUUCAAUGUGGUGUGGGUUACGCUGAUGCUGGAGUUCUGGAGGAGAAAAAGCAACGAGUUGGCGUUCAAAUGGGGGACCAUAGGAAUGACAAGUCUAGACGAACCUCGUGCUAAUUUUCAAGGGGUCAUGGAGAAAGAUCCUAUCACUGGGAAAUGCACUCCACAAUAUCCCAGAUACAAGACAUAUGUCAAGAUGUAUUGCGUGUCACUACCAAUUGUUGUCUUAUGCAUGAUAGCAGCCUUCUUCGUGAUGUUGAGCUCUUUCUGGAUCGAAAGUUGGUCGAAGACUUUCGAGGAACCUUACACCUGUCUCGUUCCUGUACCCAGUAUUGUCUAUUCUAUUCUCGUCCAGGUGAUGAACACCUAUUACAGAAAGUUGGCCACGUUCCUCACUGAAUGGGAGAAUCAUCGCACAGAGUCCCAGUUCUACCGUCACAAAGUCACCAAGCUGGUUCUCUUCGAGUUCGUCAACAAUUUCAUGUCGCUCUUCUACAUAGCUUUCGUGAUACAAGAUUUGAACAAUCUGCGUAGUCAGCUCCAGACCAUGUUGAUCACCUCCCAGCUCAUCAAUAACUUCACGGAGACCAUGUUGCCCUUGUUCCUUCAGUACUGGUCGAAAAAGGUCAGGAAGCAGCAGAAGAAAGUCUUCGUAGACUCCUGGAAGAACGACAAUAUGCCAUUUAAACCUUCCUCUUCCGGGGACCAAGGAGAUCCGUUGAAUUCAGUGCCGAUUCUUCAAGCAGAUGAUCCGAGGGUGCUCGCCGCUGAGGUCGAGGGUUGCAUGGACGUUUACGAAGAAACCUUCGACGAUUUCCUCGAGCUGUUCAUUCAAUUCGGUUACGUCUUCCUGUUUUCUUCGGUGUAUCCAGUUGCUGCGCUAUGGGCCUUUCUGAACAACGUCAUCGAGAUAAGGGCGGACGCCUUCAAACUCUGCCAGUUAUGCCAGAGACCCAUGAGUAGGAGAGUGAAGGAUAUAGGAGCCUGGCAGCGUGCUUUCGAAGUGCUUGGUGGUCUUUCCAUAGUCACGAACUGCGGUAUAUUGUACCUCACCCCUAGUAUACGCGAGAAAGGUUCAAACUUUUCCCAGACGGAGUGGCUGUUUUUAUUUAUAGUACUGGAACAUAUACUCUUGGGCGUUCGAUAUGUUUUACACAUAUCGAUUGGUGACAAGCCUGAGUGGGUCCGAGUGGCAUUAGCGAAGCAGAAUUACGAAUCAAGGCAGGCUUUGAAGCACGAGAGAGAGCAGAGGAACAAGCGGCUCUUAUAUAGGAAAUUCAAGUCGGUUCCGACAGCCCUUUAGCAGAAAGCAGGACACAAUUCCGGCAGGGCUGGAAAUCAACGCUGCAGUAGAGCUGACAAAAGAAGAGAGGUUUGUGCCGUCCAUUUUCACCAUCCUCACCUGUUGCUUAACGUUAUCGCGUCCAUUUCGAAACGUACAAAUGUAUAUUUGUUUUUUGUGUUUUAUGCGAAGAAAUAAAUUUUUUUUGUACAA